AUGUCUGAAAUUCAAAGAUGGACGGUUGAUGAGCCCUAUCUCGACAUACCGGGCACCCUACUCGAGGGCCCCUUCCACGAUGCCGCCCUCAACGAGCUCCGCUUCGUCGACAUCUGGGAGCACAAACUUUAUCGCCUCAAUCUGGCCCAGGGCCCGGACUCCCUGAAGACAAUCCAUACCGACGCGGCAAUCGGCGUCACCGCCAACAUCGCGGGUGAGGCCGAGCAGAACCAGCUGAUUGUCGGCGCCAAGCAUGGAUUCGCCCGGCUGAACCGAACUACUGGGAAGCUCUCGUACAUCGCCCAACCCUGGGAGCAGGAUGGCCCGAAGCAGGAGUUAAUGCGCUUCAACGACGGCGCCGUCGACAGCCACGGCCGCUUCUGGGCCGGCGCCAUGAACGACCCCAAAGUCCAAUCCCCCCGCGCCGAGGGCGUGCUGUUCAGACUCGAUCCGGACCUCCGUCUGCACCAGAUGCUGGCGCCGGUCACCAUCCCGAACGGGAUUGGCUGGAAUGCGGCCGACGACACGAUGUACUGGACCGACUCGCCGACCGGCAAGAUCUUCGCCUUUGACUUCGACGCGGCCACCGGCGCCAUCAGCAACCGCCGCGUGCACUUUGAUCUCAGCGAGCCGCUGGAGCCGGACGGCUUCGCGAUCGAUGUGGAGGGGUGCCUCUGGAGCGCGAUCUAUGGCGGCGGGAAGGUGCUGCGUAUCGCGCCGGACGGCCGGGUCAUUGGCCAGAUUGACCUGCCUACGCGCAACCCAACGUGUCCGGCGUUCGUGGGCACCGAGCUGUUCAUUACCUCGGCGAAGGAUGAUCGGGAUGAUGCGCAGUUCCCGCAGUCGGUGCGGUAUGGGGGCCGCUUGUUUCGAGUUGAUGUCGGUGUGCGCGGACAGCCGAAGAACGAGUUCCGGAUCCAAGCAGCGAAGGGCUAG